CGACCAGCGAAAAAUUUACCGAAAUCAGCAGUUCAAAGAUGUUCGGCGGCCACAACAAGAGAUACAAACACCACAGCCCCACGCUCGGCUGCUCCAUGACCUUCCACGUCUAUUUUCCCCCUUCCCCUUCACCUUCCCACAAAUUCCCUGUGCUUUACUGGCUUUCUGGCCUUACAUGCACGGACGAGAAUUUUAUAGCAAAAUCUGGGGCUCAGCGUGUUGCUUCAAGCGAGGGUAUUGUGUUGAUUGUACCUGACACUUCUCCAAGAGGACUGAACGUCGAGGGAGAGUCUGACAGCUGGGAUUUUGGUGUCGGUGCUGGGUUUUAUCUCAAUGCAACUCAAGAUAAAUGGAAGAAUUGGCAGAUGUACGAUUAUAUUGUGAAGGAAUUGCCAGCACUUCUCAAGGAAAACUUCCCACAGAUUGACACAACACGGGCAUCGAUUUUCGGUCAUUCUAUGGGCGGGCAUGGAGCUCUCACAAUCUACUUGAAAAAUUUGGACAAGUACAAGUCAGUCUCGGCUUUCUCGCCUAUUGUAAACCCAAUAAACUGUCCGUGGGGCCAGAAAGCUUUCACUAAUUACUUGGGCGAAAAUAAAACUGAUUGGGAGGAAUACGAUGCCACUGUUCUCGUAUCAACAUUCAAUAACGUCUCGGCUACUAUCCUAAUCGAUCAGGGAGACGAAGACAAAUUCUUGCACGAUCAACUUCUGCCGAACAUGUUUGAGGAGGCAUGUCGAAAUGUUAAUGUGCCUCUGUUGCUUCGAAUGCAAUCUGGUUAUGACCACUCGUACUAUUUCAUAGCCACCUUUAUCGAUGACCACAUUCGCCACCAUGCUCAAGCCCUUAACCUUUGAAGUGACCUUUGGAUAAUUUUCGUUUUCUAGACAAAUUUUCGUUUUUGUCGUUUGUUUAUGCUCGAGUGCUCGUGUUUGGAAAUACGUUUGAGUGUGUCUCUCUUGUAUUUCUGGUCAUAUGUGUUUGUGAUGCUCUUGAGUAUAAGAGCAAACAUGGGGUUACACAUGACAUGAACAUGAUGAAAUCUUAAUCAAUAAUAUUAAAACCCACAUGAGUUGUAUUUCUUAAGUAACAAG